CUUAACUCCUAACUAACCCUUACGCUGUAGUUAUGUUAUACGGAAAAUACGGAGUAGAUUGCUUGAAUAUUAUAUCGCCAUCAUCUUCGUGCUGGGGAAGGCAAUAGCUGGAAAGGGUGAGAGUGAGGGAGUUUGCUUACUACGUUAUUCAUCCGCAUCCCCGGUUGCUUCUACUUGGAAACUUCUUUCUUGAUAAUAAUCAAAAAAACCCUUUUCCUCCCAGUCUUGUCCCGCCUACUUUUUCCACUUAUGCAAUGGAUGCAUGACCAGUAAACUACCUACGAGGCCCGCCUUGACAGUGAUCGCUUUUGUGUGCGUUGUUGCUUUUUACUUGUGGUAUGAUUUUUUUUUCCUUUUUCUCUUUCCUUUCCCUUUUAAGCCUAAUAAAUUCUGUUGUGAAGCAACAACCGUUAUUAUUACGCUCAACCUCAACCUUCUUCCUAGAGCAAACCAGAGAGAAAGAAAUCUAUCUUAUCUUCUUCUUCUAUGAAAUUCACAUCUCCUGCUUGAUUCCUCCUCCCCUGCCUUACUUGUUCCCCCGAUUCCUUGCUUUUCGUAUUUUCUUUAUUCUGACUGGGGGGCCAGCCAGUCUACUGAGUAGUAUAAAACUACCUUACUACUACUCCUCCUUCUCCACCAAAACCCGCAGCAGCAAAAAAAACUAAAAAAAACCCUGUGAAAUAUUGAAAAAUCUAAACCAUCGCCCCCCCCCCCCAAAACUCAUCGACCAAUGAGAAUGUGAGGAAAAUCAAGUCUUUGUCGCUUUUUUCUUCUUUUCGUCUCGGUUUUCUCUCGCUGCUCUUUUUUAUUUUAAAGAACUCCUCCUGCUUACUACAUCGCCGGGGCCUAAUUUAGCUGUGUGUUUAUUUUAUUUUUGAGUGAGAGUAGUGGUGUUGUUUCAUCCUCUCUACUGUAAUAUUUCCUUUUUUUUUCUCCUAUCCUUUCGGGUGUUUCAGUUCCUUGUCGUUCUACCUAUUUAAUCUUUUGGACCUUUCUCGAUUGCUGAUCAUUUUUGUGGCUGUUUGCGAAAUCUACCACGCCAAACCGUUCCUUGUCUUCUUCUUGCUAACAACUUGGAUGCGCCGCUACUUUUACUGAAGUGAUUAUUCACUGAAAGCGCCCGUUGUAAUUUUCUUUGGAUUUCUUGGUCCGCCUCUUUUCUUACUCCUUACUCCCUACCUCGUUCUUUUUCAUUGUUUUCUAUUUUUCCUCGCGUUUUGUCGUAACUGUACUCUUUCUUUCUUCACCUUUUUUCUCAUACUUCUUCUCAGCGCCAAACUUGGGAAAACUCUCCUGAUCACGUGAGCUGACCUCAUCCAAACCUGCAGCAGAAAGUGUGAAAGAUAACUCUCUGAGAACCCUACCUCCUUGCUCAUGAUGACCGGCCUUAAGCGCAAGUUGGACCAAACUCAUGAAUUGGGCAGUGCAUCUGCAGUAGAUUCUUCUCAGGGUGAGUAUUACUGUCAGGAGCGCAAUAGCGAAUAUCUCCUGUUAACCGCUGGUCAUCCAGUAUCAUCUACUUCAUCCUCGAGCCGCGCGCGAGGUGGAAACCGUGGCGGCUCGCGAUCGCGAGCAAGAGGCAAAGCCCGUGCUCAUAUUGGCCGCUCAAAGUCAUUAAAUGGUAGUAGUCAUGAUGAACCUCUGCCUGUUCAAUCACCCUCGGAUCCGCAAACGCCACGCGCAAAAAGGGUCAGGAAGGCAAAGGAAGAGAUCGCACAUGAGAACGGCAUUGCGGAAGCGAACACACCGCGCCCAACACGCCAAUCUGCUAGGAUUCUUUCCAAGUUCCAUCAUAUGGAUUCAGUGCCUGAGGAGCCCGACGGCUCAGCUAUCCAGCAACCAAACUUCAAUGGGCCUCACGAGAUCCAUGUUGGUUCCGACGACGGGGAAGUGAAUGGGAAUGAUACUGCGUCUAAAUCGCCCAGUAUACGCACCAGGAAAUCAAUUUCUGAUUCGCAAUUAUUUUCGUUUAAAUCGACCUUGACUGACUCGUCUCGGCGCCGUCGGAGCUCUGGAUAUAAAACCGAGGUCGAAACUUCUUCCCCUGAGGCGGUCUCGAAGCCUAAAAGCAAGUCCGUAGACGGCGGCGCUGGAAAAAGGAAAAAUACAGCGACAAUACCAGAGACACCUACCAUUGGAUCUGCGACUAAGCGGGCCAGCCCUGUGACUACACGGAAGCGAAAUUCCACUAGCAAGACUACUGGGCCAGCAGAAACCCUAAACGCACGCACGAAAAAUUUCAAAAUAGAGAUGUCAACUUCUUCUGGUAAUGGGAUGCAGUCCCCAUCCGAGAGAAAUGGCGAUGAUAAAAAUGGCGAUGGUGACACAGACCUACCGGCCCCGGAAACCAGGCGCACGCGACCAGUUCCGCUUCUUAAGAUCCGCAAUGCGGAUUCGCCUGCUCAGUCAAUAGAGCUGGAAUCUCCUUUAGCGGCAAGGGAGGGCACCCCAACGGAGGUAUCAGGCUCCCGAGCUGCAACCCCGUCGGAAACUGCAGAGUUGUCUGCCAGCACACUGCCAAGUGUUUCGGGCAGAGGUCGUGGACGCGGCGGAUUUAGAGGAAGGGCAAGAGGGAGAGGAUGGACUCGCGGUCGUGGGAGAGGUGGUCGGGGUCGGGGUGCUGGAAGAGGCGGCCGUGGAGGCCGACUGCAACCAAUCGAUCGUGAGAUAUCCGUAUCUCCCAGCCCGGUCAUCAAGCAACUGCGUGAGCGACAAAAGGAACUCGAUAGGGUGUUCCGUCGAGUCGCGUCGGCUCAGCGGACCGCGCUUACCGUCAUUGCGAAUCGAACAGAAGCUAAACUCAUUAAAGAUGCCAAUGCACACACGACAGUCCCUGAAUAUAAUCAAGUCAUGAAGGCUCUUAAGGCUAGGCUGCAAAAGAGACUGGACGUGAUUGAGAACGAAUAUAAUUGGCGUGCAAAAGCUGCGGAUGCCUUACUCGAGGCUAACAAGGAACGGGUCAAUAGUAACUUCCAUGAUAAGUCCCGACAUAUCAGAGAGGAGCAUCUCCUCGCUGCUCAAGGGAGCUAUAUGGCCUUUGUGGAACAGUGUCGCCAGGCAGAGGACGACGACCACACUGAGACCGACGAAUCAGGAUCAGAAGCAGACAUUGCUCCUCGUCGACGUUCUGUUCGCGGAUUCAAUAGUUCUUUUGUCAGAGACCCCAAGGGUGCCGCACUCUAUGAACGGGCUGCUUAUGGGUGGGAAGACUUUAUACAGCGAGCGAAAAUCGAAAAUGAUAUUUCUCCUCAAAUAAAGGAGAUAACCCAAGAAGCACGGCCACCAGUGCUUGUCAGCGACAGAAUCUCACAGCUUACGGAGGCGUUAACCGAACUUUGCCAGCGCGAAGAAGAUCGGACGUCUGAGGGGAAACCUUCUAAUGCAAUGCCUGUAGAACCUCCUACGGCGCUGAGUACUCUUGCCGAUGUCGCUAUGGGAGACAUUGGCCAGCGGCCAGCGCAACAGCCCGCAUAUGGGCCUCCCUUACCAGGCCCGCAGCUUGCGCCCUUCCGCAACCUUCCUGGUGUUACUCAAGAGCUUCCCCCGCAGCCAUAUCACCCUCCACUUCAGCAUCAACCACCACGACUGUCAACAGACCAACAUUCCCGCGGACUACACAGAACAAUACUUCCCCAGCCUGUACUCGGCCAGAUGAUACCGCCAACAGACCCGCGGUCUUUCCUCCCACCUCCGACUCAGCACCAACCGGCCCCACCGCCACCUCCACCUGACUCCCAACGCGGAUUACCCAACCUCCCACGCCGCAUCCUCCCCGCCUCAAGUCGCUACCCUUCCAUCCCCCAUCUAAAUGAACUCCCUGACCCAUUCUCCUCUACGCAUCCGCACCUGCCCCCACCACCAGGUAUGGCAUAUCACCCGGGACCCUAUCCUCCCCACGGCCCUCCGCCACAUGUUGCGCAUGGCCCUCCUCCCCCGCCGCCACAAUACAUGCACGCGCCGAUUGGGCAUGUAGCGCUAGGCCCGCCCUACCAUCACGCGAUUUACGGACACCCGCCACCUCCACCUCCACCACUCCAUCCGGGCUCACAACACCCAGCGACGCACCACCAACAUCAACAUCAACAACAGCUCCAACCGCACCACCAACCACUUCCCCUCCCUCGCCCGCAGAAUGCACACCCGUAUCAGCAGCAGCAGCAGCAGUACCCCCAACAUCAACCACAUCAACCACAUCAACCGCAUCAACAUCCCCUUCCGCAGCCUCAGCCACAACCGCAACCGCAACUACAACUACAGCCGCAGCCGCCGCAAUCGCAAUCCCAUGAGCGCACCCCUCCGCCGCCAUACCAUGAGUAACCGGGGUUUCGAACAGAUGUGUGCUGUAACCCCAUUUUGAAUUUGAAUAUUAUCAAGGGUUCAUCUUUUUUUUUCCCCCUUCACUGCUGCCGCUGUUAUGUAUGUUACAACUUCCACCGUCGCCAUUGUAUUCGUGCAGCGUAGUGAAUGUCUGGGUUUUUUUUUUUUUUUUUUUUUUUUCUGGUUUUACAAAAAAUCUUCUUGCAGGGAGCAGGUCGAAGAAAAAUUAACAACAAAUUGGGCGCCUUCUUUUAUUCUAUCAUCUCCUUCUUGGCAGUAGAUUUUCGGUGCGUGGUUUUUACAUACUAUUAAUAGUACAGUACAUACAUACAUGCAUAAGUUCGAACAUUUUUUGACCCGAUCAACCCUCCUCAUCUUAUUUUCCCUCUUUCUUAUUUUACUUCAUGAUCUACGCAUGUAUGGAUGUAGUCAAUUAAGGUCCCUGGGGCCACGGACGUUCACUUGCUGUUUUCUUCCCCCUUUUUUUUUUAAAUCAUUAUUCUUUACAUAGUUACUAAUUCCAUGGCUUUGUUGAGCUUUUCACUGUAUUGUAUAUAUGUAUGUAGGUAUGUAUGUAUGUAACUGGGGUUCUUUUCGGAUUGAGCGCGGUUUAUUGAAUGGUUUUUUUUAUGUAUUUUAUUUUAUUUUAUUUAAUUUAAUUUUAUUAUUAUUUUUUGUAGUUACGUGAGGGCUUCUUAUCUAGCCAGCUCAUCGAUUAUGUAUAAAUUUUAUUGACGCUCUCUUACAUGGCUCUAGGUGUAUAGCUGUGUUUUUUGUAUUUGUUUUGGACAGUUCUCGUGAAGUAUGAUUUUGUUUCUAUGGGUGUAUCAAGUGAAGGAGUGCGGGUUAUUAGUUAACGAUAGAAAUGGAUCGGUAGAUUACAGUAUCAAAAAAAAAAAAAAAAAAAAAAAAA